GCCAUUUUCCUUGCUCGCCUAACCAAGCUCAUCGACCUGUUGGGGCUCGCUUCCGCCCAUCGCGCGCUAGCUCCGGUUCCUUCAUCGCUUCGACUUUCUGUCCCUGACAGCCUGCAUCGAGCCCAGCGCCCUGUCAGACGGCGCCACCUGGGGCUAGCCCAGACGCCCAGAUGCCCAGUCUGCUGCCAGAGCCAAGCAGCUUGCUUUUUUUGCCUCGUCGGAAAUUUCCCGCCCGGCAGCCACACUCUCAGCAGCACCCACAUACACCCCUGGCCUUCAGGUUGUCCCAAUCCUCAGGCCGGGUCGAGUCGGGGCCCCAGUGCCGGAUAGGCCUAGACUGCGUGCGUCCCCCUCUGCAAUAUUAGCCAGCCCUCGCUCCGCAUGUUGAAUGUCACUGUCGCUCUUUCACCCCACACGUGCCGCCCGUCCACUCGCUCCGUCUGUCCCUCCCGGUACAUCGGCCUCGCUCGCCCAUACACCAAGCAGCACCUACUCGCUAAUCCCUCCUCUGAGCAGCAGCCGGUGGUGUCGGUCUGCCUUCCUUUCUUGGCCACGUCUGUCAUCUUUCUGUCGGCCAAACCGUGAAUGGAGGCUUCGCCUUAGGUCCGGCGAACGAAGCCUCAGAAGAGAGUAUCUGAGGGUCCACUCCUUUCAUCUUUUUUCUCUCUCCCUACCUUUAAUCUCUCUCGUUUAUCACUUGGAGAAGUCAAAGGUCCGCGAGAAGUCACAAGGUCACAUAGCGGCCCUCCCCAGACUUUGGGGAGAGAGGUAGGGAACCAUGGUUGCGGCACGGGUGGCGCUACUUUCCCUAGCAGCUCUGUCGAGCUGCAUGUUCGGGGCCUUUCAUGGAGCUCCCCGAGUUGGACGGUUAGAAAGGCGGCUCGCCUCGGCAGACGGCACCCUGCCGAGCAAUGGGUCGACAUCAGGCAGCACAUUGUCGUCCGCGUCCACGUCGUCAGCACUAGACACGGUGACAACAGUGACACAAUCAACAGAUAGCAGUAGCACGAGCGCAGGCACAGGCACGAGCAGCAUAGCCACCAGCAGCACGGGCACAUCACCGACGUCUGACGACCAGCCCUGCCUGACUUGCUCAACCUCGUCCAUCUCAGCAGCCCCGGCGACAUCGCCACCACCACCGCCGCCGCCGCCUCCGUCAACUACCCCAUCACUGUCUGAAGCUGGCUCUGGCACGCCUCUGUCCCACGGCACAAGCUCCAGCACACCGGUGCCCGAGACAAGCUCCAGCGCAUCUGUGUCUGAUACGAGCUCUAGCUCAUCAGUACCCGAGACAAACACCAGCAGUUCUGUACCCGGGGCAAGCAGCGCAACUGAAACGCAUUAUGAUGGAAAGGCUCCUGCGGCUUCGGGAGCUGGUGCCGCGGUGCCUGCGGCUCCUGCUCCCAACCCUAGGAAGGGCCCGCCUGUGAUCCCGACCAGGGCGGCGGAUGCGUCGCUCAAAAUUACAUCGACAUCGAUGGACUUUGGUCGGCCUCCCCCUGCCGAGUCGACUUCUACGUCGACAUCUACGUCGACUCCUACAUCGACUUCUACAUCGACUUCCAUCUCCGUGCCCGUGCCCAUGCCCACUGCCCCAACGCCCAGGAAAGGCCCGCCUGCCAUCCCGACCAGGGUGGCGGAUGUGGGAGAUAAGUUGACUAUAACGUCAGUCGACUUCGAUCGACCGUCUCCUGCCCAGCCGACCGACAUAGCGUGGCCGCCCACGGAUGACCGAUAUCCCGCGUCCAAAAUGCCCCCGGAAGUCUUCGCUGGCUGGUCGUCGACCCGCGGCCAGGUGGAUUUUGACUGGGGCAGAGUGACGUCGGGCGUGGACAACAUAGACAACAUCAACACGUGGAGCCAGGUGACCUGGACUGGGAGUUGGUUCACCGUCUCGGGCGGGCAGACACGCAGCGCCUGCCAGGCCUCGGACCUGCUCAAGCCGUCGACUGUCUACUCCAUCACGCACACGGCGACCAUCACCUGGACGGGCAACCCCAAAGACUAUACGCCGCCGUAUCCCCCCAUCGUCACACCCGCGCCCUGCACCAGGAUCGAUACGGAUCAGCACGAAGGGCCCCAGCGCCUGACCCUAUCUCGCUGCACCUCGACCGGUCCUCUGGACAUAUACAAGACGUGCCAGCUCACCACCGUCUACGAUGUCUCGGAAAAGCCAAAGCUCACCUCCGACUACCAGCCCAUUGCCACGAACCUUCCCCCAGUCACCUUCAUCACCACCGACAAGAACCCUGCCGUGGUCUUCCCCCACAUCGAGACCCCUGACUACGGCUCUGGUGCCAGCACCCGUUUCAACGUCAAGAAUCCCGGCGGCUCCGAGCAGACGCCGGGCGCCGUCGCCAAUAAUGACAACCCAAACCCUACCGGCGGCAGUGGUGGUGAUGGAAAAGGCGCUCGCCCGCUCGGCCCUCCUGUCACCGUCUCUGUGCGUCCAGGCGUCGUGGUCAUCAACGACCAGACCUUCACCGACAGCCCCGUCAUGCGCACCCAGAUUGUCCGGGUCGGCGGCGAAGUCUUCACCAUCGAGCCCACCCGCGUCGUCGGCGCCGGCGCAACGGUCGUCCGGCCGGGAACCGGUGCCGGUGCCGGCGCUGCGCCCCCUGCCACCUUCCCCGCGCAGACGGCCACGAUCGGCGGCGUUCCCGUCAUUGUCAGCGGGCGCGUGGUCGUGGUCGAAGGCACCACCUUUUCGCUCGACGGCCAGGCCACCACCAAGAGCGUUGGCGACCGCAUCGUGUCCAUCGGCCCGGGAGGCAUCGCCGUCGCCACGGGCCCUUCGGACCCCGCCCCCGCGCGCCUGACGCCCGCCCCCGCGUCGGCAAACCCGCAGCAGACCGAGGUGGUGGUCGUGGGCGGCCAGCUCGUCACGGCCAUCGGCCAGUCGGUCGUCGUCAUCCGCUCCACCACCAUCACGUACGGGCCUGCCGCGCCGGCCACCACCGUCGACAUCAACGGCGAGCCCGUGGUCGUGGGCCCGGCCGGCGUCACCAUGGGCGGCACCGUCCUGGGUGGGCCCCGCGCCCGGCCUGGCGAGACGCAGUACGAGAUCGUUGGCGGCGCCACCCUCACCCAGCUGGCGCCUAGCCUGGUCGUCAUCCGCGGCACCACGUACACGGUCGGCCCCGGCGCCGCCUCCACCACCGUCGUCGUCGGCGGCGAGACCGUCACCAUCGGCCCCUCGGGCGUCGCCGUCUCGUCCCUGUCCUUCUACUACCCACUCGGCCUCGGCUCCGCCACCACCAUCACGCCCGGCGCCACCGCCGCUGCCGCCACCGCAGGCCCUACCGACGGGGGCAAGGACUCCGGCGGCGGGAACGGCGGCGAAGGCGGUGGGGACCGCAAGGAGGAGGACGCGGCGGCUGGUCUCAGGCCAGCCGGCCUCGCCAUCAACCUCGUGGUGUCUGCCGUCGCCGUCGGCAUCACUCUCUGGUGGAUAUAGCCGGCUUCGCACCAUGAAAUUUACAUUUCCAAGUUUCAUACUGCAUGUCUCAUGUGUCUAGAUUCUUAUCGGGAAUGGAUCGCACAUGGAUACUUUUUUUUGAACUUCGUUUUUUUUUUUGUUUCUUUAUCAUCUAGGUAUAUUCACCUGGUGAAUCGAAAGGCGUCCAAAGGAGCGACGGCAAAGCAUUGCAACAUAAAUGUCUGUUUGGAUUGAGCGCGGAUUUUGCCGCGUGAUGGGAGGAGAAACUUGGGGCGAAGCUGUAUGUAUCAACAACGCUGCCCGCAGGUGGAAGGGAAAGGGGGGGCUGGUUGGAUAUUUGUACGAGACAUGGGGAAAAUACCCGCAAGGCGAGCAGAGACGAGAUAAUGUGUCAAUACCCAAGCGUUUCGAAUGCAUCCACAAGCUUUGCUCAUAUUCUCUGCGGGCGACGGAAGCCGAUCAUCGGUUUUGGGCUACUAGCCCGUAUCUAGGCGCUUUCUUUUUCGCUUCGUCUUC